AAGGUCCAAGAGUGGCUACCAUUCAGAAGCGAGUUCCUCGACGAGCUCCUUCUCUUUGAAGGCUGCGAGGACUCUGUGGAAGAUGGGGCGGUAUUUUGUACUGCUUGCCAAUCGCCCGGGGCCACGCUGCGAUGUACAGACUGCUUCACACGCGAUCUGCUAUAUUGCAAAGACUGCAUCGUCCAACGGCAUGAGGCAGAUCUCCCUCUGCACCGGAUCGAGGAGUGGGAGGGCGAGCAUUUCGUUCGGAGGACGCUACGUGAUCUUGGUGCGGUCGUUCAGCUGGGCCACAAGGACCAUGUGUGUAAGGCGCCAUCUGAAGAUACCCGUCGCGUCGUGGUCGCCGAUGUCAAGGGCGUACAAGCGGUCGAAGUGCGGUUCUGCGAAUGCUUCGACACAAGCGGUGAUUUCAUACGAGAAUGGACACAGCUUCUCCGCCGGGGAUGGUUUCCUGCAACCACCAAUCGCCCCGCUACCGCGUUCACAUUCCAGCUGCUCGACACAUUUCAGGAGCUCAACUUCCAAGGCAAGACAAAUCUGUACGAUUUCUGGAAGACUAUAGAACGUUUGACCGACAACUCCGGCGCGCACACAUUUAAUCGCUACCAGCAAAUGUCACACGUCGUACGUUUAUGGCGUCAUCUUACGAUGCUCAAGCGAUUCGGUCGAGGUCAUGACCCAGACGGGCCGGACAAAACCAAAGUAGGCGAUUUGGCACUCGAAUGCGCGGCAUGUCCGCAUCCUGGGAAGAACCUCCCGGACGGCUGGGCCGACGCGCCGCCCGAUGUCAGGUAUGGUUUGAGCUAG